AUGUAGUAUAAUAUUGAAAAUUAUAUUUUAUGAAUUAAAUAAUUAUAAAUCGUCAUUUUUUUUUAUAAAAUAUGACGUUGUUAAAUCGUUUUUCCUUGAAAUUUUUGAAUAAACAAAAAUAUUUUUUACAUUCAAUACACAAAAAUUUUUCAAAUUUAACAAAAAUAGUUGAUCCUGAUUCAAGUGUAUCAAUUAAAACGGAUUGUAACAUAUCAAUUAAACCUUAUGAUCUACUUGAUUGCCCAGAUUCAAAUAUAAUUCGUGCAACCUUAAUACAUAAUACAAAUAAAGAAGGAAAAAUUGCCGAUAUCAAGGAAAAAAUUGGAAUUUCUGUUCAAGACAAAAAUGUUCGUAUCGAAGAUAUUGGCGAUACUAAAGCAAAGAGAGAUGAUUUUACUUGUCUGUUAGAGAUACCAAUUAAAGCGGAUUUAAAUAUUGAAAGCAAAAGUGAUAUCAAAAUAAAAGAUAUGUAUUCAGAUUGUUUAAAAGCUAUAACACAUUUUGGAUCAAUUAUUACAAAAAAUUUAAGAAGUACAUCAAUUGAUUUAUCAGCAAUAAAUGGGAAUAUUGCAUGCAAGGGCCUUACUUUAGCUCAAAAAAUCGAUGUGCAUGUCAAAGAAAAGGGAAAUAUAUUCCUUGAUAAAUUACAAGGCGAUUUAUUGUACUGUAAAGCAUUUAAUGGCAAUAUUGAGGUAAAUUCAAGUUACGUUGAAAAAAGUAAUUUUUCAUGUGAGAAAGGGAAUCUAUUUUUAAAAAAUAUUCAUAAAACAUCAGAAAUUUUUGUUUUAAAUUAUGGAAACAUUGAAAUGAGUGGAAUACAUGGCAAUGUUUAUAUUAAUUCAAAAGGAGGAGACUUAAAUUUACAAUUUUCUGAAAUAACCGGUGACAAUAUAAUUGUAGCAAAUAAAGCAAAGAAUGUAACUAUAAAUAUUUCUGAUAUUGUGGAGACAAAUUCAUAUAUUGAAUUGCACUCAAAUAAAAUCGAGCUAGAUCCGUCAGCGAACCAUUUGUCGAAAUAUUUGACGAAAGAAAACUAUUUUGAAUAUGGUGAUAAAAACAAACAAAAUAAAUUAAUGAUAUGUUCAGGGGGUUUACUUAAAUUUGGAAAAAUGUCUUGGGCUGAUACUGUAAAAUCACAAAUGGGAUUAAUAUAAACGUAGGUACGUAGGAACCUACUUAUAUAAAAAUUAAGACACUAGCGAACUCAACACUAUUAAUUUUUUACUUAAUCGAUAUUGUUAUAAGUUAUUAGCUUGAAGUUAAUUUAUUAAAUAAAAAAAGGAAUAAAUCAUAUAAAGGGUUUAUUCAAAAUUAA